AUGAAUGGACGCGUCGUUGGAUUUGGAUUCGGCAGUAAGUACCGCGGCCCAUCACGUGAUGAUGGCGGUCGUGGUCCCACUGAUGAGCGCAUGGGCUUGCAGCCUAAGAUGGCCCCCAAAAGCUCCAAGUGGUGGCAGGCGCCCGCCGACAAAGAUCUCGAUUACGGAUUCGAUUCUGACGACUGGAAUGAUAGAUUUGACAACCUUGACCGCAGCCGAGACCACGCCAGACCUCGACAAAACUUACGAGGGCCACAAGACCAAGAGGCGCAACAGGCCAGAGACCAAGACCAGGGACGGGGUGUGUUUGGAAACAUGUCGUCUUGGCUCCAGCGCCAGGCUGGUUCGCAAAGUUCGCAGCUUGCGACAACGGCUGUAUUAUCGGGAGCCGCCGUUGCGAGUGCCAUCUUUGGCUACCAAGCUUAUCGGCGGAAGGAAGCGGUCACUGACCUGCAUAGCUUACGCAAUUUGGAGCUGUGGACAAUUCGAUUCCUCUUAGCAAAGAGGACGAAACGUAGUGCAGCUCUUGCACGCAGAGCACAGCAAGGGGAUUACGAUGACGAUUUGAUCCUCGAACAACUUGCUCGCAACCGGGUCUUCCUUGGAGAAGAAGGUCUUGCAAAGCUCCGCUCUUCCUUCGUAGUCGUUGUUGGAUGUGGUGGUGUUGGAUCGCAUGCCGCUGCAUCUUUGGCACGAUCCGGCGUCUCCAAGAUCCGGCUGAUCGACUUCGACCAGGUCACACUCUCCUCACUCAAUCGACAUGCGCUAGCAACAUUAGCCGAUGUCGGGACAUCCAAGGUUCACACUAUCCGGCGACGACUAGAGCAGAUCGCACCCUGGGUGAUGUUCGACUGCCGCAACGAGCUAUACGGAAAAGAGGCAUCGGAGAGUCUCCUAGGCCCGUGGACUCUGACACAUGAUGGAGAAGGCCGUCGGCCGGACUUUGUGCUCGACUGUAUUGACAACAUCACCUCUAAGGUCGAUCUUCUCCACUAUUGCCAUACCAAUUCAUUGCCCGUGAUCUCAUCCAUGGGUGCGGGCUGCAAGUCGGACCCGACGCGGGUUGUUGUGGGUGACAUCUCAGCUAGCACAGACGACCCGCUUUCUCGGAGCACACGGCGCCGACUGAAGCUUCUAGGCGUUACUUCGGGGAUCACCGCUGUAUUCUCUACCGAGAAACCUGGACCCGGCAAGGCGAGCUUACUUCCUUUGGCAGAGGAGGAAUUCGCCAAGGGCCAGGUCGGUGAGUUAGGUGUGCUCCCUGACUUCCGGGUCCGUAUCCUCCCUGUGCUGGGAACGAUGCCGGCUGUAUUCGGCUACACGGUUGCAAACCACGUUAUCUGCAGCAUUACAGGAUACCCUAUCGAAUACAAUCUUGCCGGAAAAGGCCGAGACAAGGUGUACGAUAGCAUGUUAUCCUCUCUACAGAGUCUGUACGAUAAGUUUGCCAGGCAAGUAGCUGGGGAAGAUUCACUUGGGCUGCGACUUACCACCAGCAAGGACGAUGUCGCAUUCUUGGUGGAAGAGGACGUGGAAAAAGAUGGCCAGGUCUUUGUUCCAGUUGAACUCAAGGACCUAGUGCUAAUGACCAAGGAUGAGGCUGCCCGACAUGAACGCGAAGUGCUUCGCGAGGGCAAAAAGCCAGAAGAGAUCUAUGACGAGACGGCUUUGCAACGAGUGGCUUUGCGGCGGAGAGAGAUGGAAGAGUACGAGAAGUACCGUGGAUGA